AGUAUUACCCAGUCCACCCGAUUUUGUAGUAUCAAUCCUUAUCCCAUUUUAACUUCCCAUAACAAAAACGAGUUGUUCAUACCCUUCAUGCCCGUUCAAAAAAAAUACCCUUCAUGUAGCUCAACCAUAUGAUCAAUGAUUCAAUCAAAAUCACACAUUUUUCGUAGAAGUAUUUAAUUCUCCACCUUUGAUGGACUAGGGUACACAAAACGUAACAACCACCCACCACAGGGGAUAAAGAAUUCUCAAAGUAACGACCUUAUUGGGAAGUGAAAUGGCAGCAGCCGUAGCACUUCAGAAGAAAGAGAAAGAGAGCCCUUCACUGAUUGAACAUUCUUAAAUCAAGAAAGCGUUUACUGGGUUUUGAUCAAAUUCCAUUUGAAAAGUAUGUAUAGAUUAAGAGUUUGCAGAGAGAUGAGAGCAGUUGCUCCCCGAAAGGCUUUGAACUGGUUCAAUUCUUUCAAUUCAUCAAGAUCCAUUAAUUCAUUAUCGUUUGCGACUGUAAAUGCAGAAGAGGUUUCAGGUUCCCAACCUGCUGAAGUACACAACUUGGUGCAGGGAAAAUGGACAGGAUCCUCAAACUUGAAUACAAUUCCGGAUCCUUUAAAUGGCGAGUCAUUCAUUAAAGUUACCGAAAUGGAUGAAACAUGCAUCCGGCCAUUUGUGGAGAGCUUAACCAAGUGCCCCAAACAUGGUCUACACAAUCCAUUUAAAUCACCAGAGAGGUAUUUGAUGCUUGGAGACGUAUCUAUGAAGGCAGCUCAAAUGCUUUCCUUGCCAAAGGUUUCGGAGUUCUUCAGUAGGUUGAUACAAAGAGUCUCUCCAAAGAGCUACCAACAGGCUUUUGGGGAAGUUUAUGUUACUCGAAAAUUUCUAGAAAAUUUCUGUGGUGAUCAGGUUCGUUUCUUGGCUCGGUCUUUUGCAGUACCUGGGAAUCAUCUUGGGCAGCAAAGUCAUGGUUUUCGUUGGCCUUAUGGUCCCGUGGCAAUAAUUACACCAUUCAAUUUUCCUCUAGAGAUUCCUGUUCUCCAGGUGAUGGGUGCCUUAUAUAUGGGAAACAAACCCGUUCUUAAAGUUGAUAGCAAGGUAUGCAUUGUUAUGGAACAAAUGCUUCGGUUGCUACAUGAUUGUGGGUUACCAGUGGAGGAUGUUGACUUCAUUAAUGCUGAUGGGAGAACAAUGAACAAGCUAUUGUUGGAGGCAAAUCCACGCAUGACUCUCUUUACUGGUAGCUCACGAGUAGCAGAAAAGUUGGCUGUUGACUUAAAGGGCCGUGUUAAAUUGGAAGAUGCUGGGUUCGAUUGGAAGAUCUUGGGGCCUGAUGUCGAGGAGGUGGAUUACGUAGCAUGGGUGUGUGACCAAGAUUCAUAUGCAUGUAGUGGUCAAAAGUGCUCGGCUCAAUCAAUGCUGUUUAUGCAUGAGAACUGGUCUAAGAGUACUCUGUUACGUCAAAUGAAUGAUCUUGCUACAAGAAGGAAAUUAGAGGAUUUAACUGUCGGCCCCGUUCUGACAUUUACAACAGAAGCAAUGUUAGAGCACGUGAAUAAAUUGCUUCGGAUAUCAGGAUCAAAGCUACUCUUUGGCGGCGAAGCUUUAGAAAAGCAUUCUAUUCCUCCAAUAUACGGUGCGAUAAAGCCAACUGCUAUCUUUGUCCCACUGGAAGAAAUAUUGAAGGAAAGCAAUUUUGAACUUGUAACAAAAGAGAUUUUUGGACCAUUCCAGAUUGUGACUGAAUAUAAGGAUCACCAGCUUCCAAUGGUAUUGGAUGCCCUUGAAAAGAUGCACGCACAUUUAACGGCGGCCGUGGUGUCAAAUGAUCCACUGUUUCUGCAGGAAGUUAUCGGAAAAUCAGUUAACGGAACAACUUAUGCUGGAUUGAGAGCUAGAACAACAGGGGCUCCUCAAAAUCACUGGUUUGGGCCAGCUGGAGAUCCAAGGGGAGCAGGAAUAGGGACUCCUGAGGCAAUAAAGCUUGUUUGGUCAUGCCACAGAGAAAUCAUAUAUGAUUUUGGCCCCUUGCCACAGAACUGGGAAACCCCUGCUGCUACCUAGGUAGUCACAUUGAUGAAGAGAAAAGGAGAAGGAAGUUUUGUUUGAGGUGUCCAGUUAUUUUAAAUGUUGGUUUUGUUUUAUUUUUCUUUAGGUUUAUUCUUUCGAAUGAGUAGUUUACUCCACGAGCCUGAGCCUAUUUGUGCUGGAGCUUUUUUUCAGCUUUUAGGGUUGCUAGGAGAAGUGAAAUAAGGUGAUUGUUUAAACACUAUUGCAGACUUUGUUUCUAGGGAAUUUCAGUUCAAAUGGGAAGUUUGCAAUUGCAGAAAAUUAGCCACUGAAA